AUGCUCAGUCUUGAAGCACAGAUCACAGAGACGCGCAUUGUUCGAGACAGGACGACGACGAUGAGCAACGCUUCGAAACGUGGAAGACCGACGCGACGCCGGGAGACCGGCAAGGCGAAAGGCACGGCGUGCCGCGGCGGCCGACAGCGUAAUGGUGCGUCUUCCCGAAAAAGCGCCGAGCGCUGGUUAGAGACCACGGAGCUAGCGGUACCACCACCAGCUACAAGCGUACCAGAACCACUGUUAGAACGCAUACCCCAAGAGCGGUGCACCAAACCGGACGUCACGACGCACGUUAUCUGCGGGCACGUCGUGCAGGAGGCGUCCGAAUUUUUUGAGUGCGAAUGGAGAGCCCAACCCAAUGCAGAGCCGGGACCAAGCGCAGUCGACGCCAGUCGUUCACGGGAGCUGUCACUCGUCAACCGCAAUGCACGCACCUCAAUUGACAGCCGCAACGGGACGCCGUUGCGGUUAUCGGGCGUCACACACGCUAGUGCUGGCGGAUCUGCGACUUUUACCGCUACAUCGGCGGUUGCUUCUAAGCCUACUUCUACGCUGAGUACGCCGCCUCCUCCGCCACUCCUGGCACCGUGCGUCACUAGCGCGAGGGGAAACCCAGUUUCUACCGUGAUAUGCGUUUGUGGAGGACACCAGCCGACCGCCGCUUCUCAGCGGAACCACGAUCGGAGCCGAAGCAUCCCAACAACGAACCCGGACAACCAGGCGGCCAACUCGUCUUCGCACACCGCAUCCGAAGCUGCAGCCUCAGACGACGCGCUCAUGAGAGAAGAGGGCGAUGAAUUGGCGGCUUCUGCAGCCUGCCCGCCAUCCCAGCGUCCGUGCGCGGGUGAGCGUGCGAUCGCGGAAGGCGCACGUACGCGUAGGAGUGUUCGUGAAAUCACAUCGCAGACCUCACCGCCUGAUCCGAGUACGCUUGCACAGGCUCCUACGGAGAAAUCAGCCGAGGAGUGGACGGUAGAAGACGUGGUACGGUACGUCAAGGGGAUCCCUGGAUGUGCCCGGCACGCCGAGAAGUUUCGCAAGGAGGAAGUUGACGGUGAAGCCUUGCUAGCUCUUGGAAUUAAACACCUGAUUGUCUAUAUGGGCCUCCCCCACGGUCCGGUGGUGAAAAUAUUACGCGCAACACGUGAAUUGCGCAUGCGCCAGCGCCCGAAGUAG